GCCCGGGGUCCUCCGGCGGGCUAUGAUAGGCUGGCUUGGGUUGCAGCAGUCUCCUUCAGCUCGCCCUCCAACCGGUGACGCCCGCUCCGCCGUGGUGCGAGGAAACAACUCCGAUAAAGUAGCUCUACCUGACCAGCUCUCCACCUCCCAGCGACACGAUGGCCGUGCCUCCUACAUAUGCUGAUCUGGGCAAGUCUGCCAAGGACAUCUUCAACAAAGGCUUUGGUUUUGGCCAGGUGAAACUUGAUGUCAAGACAAAGUCAGCAAGUGGAGUGGAAUUUAAAACAUCUGGCUCCUCCAACACUGACACUAGCAAAGUUGCCGGCACCUUGGAAACUAAAUACAAGAGGGCUGAAUAUGGCCUGACCUUCACUGAGAAGUGGAACACCGACAACACCUUGGGAACUGAAAUCACUGUCGAGGAUCAGAUUGCAAAAGGACUGAAGUUGACUUUUGACACAACCUUCUCACCAAAUACUGGCAAGAAGAGCGGCAAAGUUAAGACUGCUUACAAACGUGAAUAUGUUAACUUGGGCUGUGAUGUUGACUUCGACUUCGCUGGCCCCACCAUCCACGGAGCUGCUGUGGUCGGUUACGAGGGAUGGCUUGCCGGUUACCAGAUGAGUUUUGACACUGCCAAAUCCAAAAUGACCCAGAAUAACUUUGCUGUUGGCUACAAGACCGGAGACUUCCAGCUGCACACUAAUGUGAAUGAUGGAGCUGAGUUUGGUGGCUCCAUCUACCAGAAGGUGAGUCCCAAGCUGGAGACGGGGGUCAACCUGGCAUGGACUGCUGGCAGCAACAGCACACGCUUUGGUAUCGCAGCCAAAUACCAGCUGGACAAAGAUGCCUCCAUCAGUGCUAAAGUGGGCAACAAUAGCCUUGUUGGUGUUGGGUACACUCAAACUCUUAGACACGGUGUGAAACUCACCCUCUCUGGCCUAGUUGAUGGAAAGAACAUCAAUUCAGGAGGCCACAAGCUGGGCCUGGGCUUGGAACUGGAAGCCUAAGCUUUCCUCAUACCGCAAGGGACUAGGGAAUAUCUGAAGAAUCUGGCCUUAAAUGUAUGUCCAACUCAAACCAGCAAGAGGAUAUCAUGAGAGAUUGGUUCAAAGGCUACUGCAACAAACUCUUGAGUACCACUUCAAGUUGGUGCUUUUGUCAUUGGUAUAUUUUACCUCUUUGUUGCUUUUUACUUUGUAGUUGCAUCAAUUCAGGAGACAGUCGUUGGUAUAUUAUUUAUAAAUCAUGUCAUUAUUCCUGUCCAGCACUGCCAUAAUAAUUUGAUCAAUACAACCCUCCGUAUGUCACCAACUCUGUCUGGCUUUAUUGUGAUAAUCCCAAACACUUGUUUCUUUCCAUGUGUGGCAAUAUUUCAUGGAUUUGAUCAUUGUCAUCCUCCAUACCCCCCCGCACCACAUUUAGAAGAAUCUGAUUUUCCUUACCAUCCAACAGAUCUCACUUACAAACCUUCUGAAGUACACUAGGCCUCCUCUUUUGUCUGCUAACACUUAGAUACUGCUGCAUCUUCCCUGCUUGUGCACACCGGGACACACUGAAGUGGUUUUGCGUCGACUGUUGGGGUUCAGGUAAUUCUACUGAAAGCUACACGUGGGCAUCUUCCCUUAAACUUGGUAGUUUUUGGGUUGCUAUAAGUUGGAUCUAAAAGCUUGAGAGAAACCUGCACUCAUAGUCAACCACAGAAAUUGAUUAUGUUUAUUCUGUUGAUAACAGACAACUGGGGGACACAACGAUAUUGUUCAUAGUAAUGCCAAACUAUUAUUCUCUGGAUGAGGUGUACCAUAAAGCUGCACAUAUGCACUCUCAAAAGAUACUUUCCUGUUCUGGGCGGAGAAGGAGAGCCCACAGGAAGUCUUGAAAGUCCUUGUGUGUGCGUGUGUGUGUGUGUGAAUACAUUUUCAAUAAAGUCUUUGAACUUCACAAA